CUCUUUUGAGAGCGAAAAAGAGGGGAGAUAUGCUCUUGAGACUCCCCUUUACGCUCAGCUCCGCUCUCCUCUCUCCUCCUCUCCAUCCCCACCGCUCCAAACCCUUCUCCUCUCUCUCCUCCUCUCCAAAUCCUAACCCUAACCCUAACCAUAGCUCUAAUACUACCCUCCCCCUCUUCCUCCGCCCCCUCUCCUACUCCGCCCCCGUCUCCUCCCUCCUCUCCUUCCGCCUCUGGGCCGAGUCCCUCGCCCUCUCCUCCGUCGACGACCCCCACCUCCUCCGCGAGCUCUCGUGGCUCAUCGACGACGCCUCCGCCCACAAACACCCCCGAAACGAUAGCCUCGUCCCCCUCCGGGCCGAGCUCCACGAGCUCUACGAGCUAUGGAGGGAGCGGAUCGAGAAGCGGCGGCCGUUCCAGUACUUGGUCGGGUGCGAGCAUUGGAGGGACCUGGUGCUGGGGGUGAGGGAGGGGGUGCUGAUCCCGCGGCCGGAGACGGAGAUGGUGGUGGAUUUGGUCGGGGAGGUGGAGGGGUUCGAGAGAGGGUGGUGGGCCGAUUUGGGGACGGGGAGCGGAGCCCUCGCGAUUGGGAUCGGGAGGAUGUUGCGGGAGGAUGGGAGGGUUUUCGCCACGGAUUUGAGCUCGGAUGCGGUGGAGGUGGCGAGAUUUAAUGUGGAGAGAUAUGGAUUAAAGGAUAAAGUUGAGAUAAGGCAAGGUUCGUGGUUUGAACCUCUGCAAGAUGUUAAAGGGAAGCUCGCAGGAAUAGUCAGUAAUCCACCAUAUAUCCCUACUAGUCAUCUACCUGGUUUGCAACCUGAAGUCGGAUUGCAUGAACCGAGGCUGGCACUAGAUGGUGGUGAAAAUGGCAUGGAUCAUCUUCUUCAUCUUUGUGAGGGGUCGGCUUCAGCAUUAAAAUCUGGUGGUUUCUUUGCUUUUGAGACAAAUGGCGAUGCGCACUCCGAGUUCCUCGCAGAUUUGAUGACCGCGAAAUGGGGGAAGUUCUUUCACAACAUUAAGAUAGUAUUGGACUUUGCGGGUAUCAAAAGAUUUGUGACCGGAUAUUGCCGAUGAAUGCAGAAGAUUAUCAGAAUCCCUUGAGGUUGAGGAGAUUUCGAAGCCGAGGUUAAGGAGGAAUCUAUCUACCUCUUUAAUAAGUGAAUUUUCGACUCCAGUUUCUAACAGUUUCUUUUUGCUACACCCCCCAAGAGAGUAUAGUAAAAGAAUCAAGGUGCUCCUGUUAGUUGUUUGAGAAAUUUUUUCGUGGCGCGAAAUUCAUUAAAUUUAUUUAAAGUUUGGGAUAUUAUGAUUCGUGUUCAUCCUUAUUUCAAAUUUGAGUGCUUGAAUUUGCCCUGA